AACUAACAUCGCGGCUCAAUGACAGCCUGAAGGAAAUAUUUUCUCCAGAAAGGGAUGCUGAUUAUUUGAAAACAAAAAAGCCAGUUUACCGGGUGCUCAAUGGGUCUCAAGGAAGAGAGGUUCUAGCAUUUCGCCGAGCCGUGCUGUUUCUGGCGUCCGGGAUAGCGGCCCAGGCGCAACUGGCCAACAACUUUAUCAAUGAGUGCGGACGGAAGCAAACAGGCCGUCGCCAAUCGGCGACGGCAGCAGAGGCAAGCUCGCCAGCAUGCGCAGCAAACCAGCAGCAGCAAUGUGUCGGAGAUAAGCAGCGCGUGGGACACGAGCGCUGGCCAGAGCGCUAGCGCCGGAGGUCGACCAAUAACACCCGGGAGACGAGGGGAUGUACAAGCACAGAGACCACACAGUGCUGGCGGCCGGUCACGACGAGCCAAGGAACGAGCCGAGGAUAACGCAGGGAGUGCGCUGAAGGCUAAACAGAAGCUUGAAAAGAUCAUCACCCAGCUGAAGGAUAGCCAGGUGGAGAACCACCCGGCUGAGAUCAACAUUGAGUCAUGCAGGGUGGGCGACCGGGGAGCGGUGAAUCUGAGCUACGCGCUGCGAAACAACUCCAGCGUGCAGCGGCUGCGCCUCGGCGGCUGCGAGAUCACGUACGCCGGUCUGCGCUCGAUACGGGACGUGAUGCGCGACCUCAAGCCCACGGUGCAUGGUCCGCCGCUGGUGCAUGUCAUACGCAGGAUAGAGCUAUGCACACGAAAGAUGCCCAAAGUAGGCAAUCCUCUGGGAAAUCACGGAGCUGAAUGUCUUGCUGAGGUGGUGCGCACGAGCAGUUCUCUGCGGCAUGUCAACGUGAGCUGCUGCAGUAUCGGUGACGAGGGAGCCACGUGCAUAGCGGAGGCAGCUACAGUAUCACCAUCGCUCGUCACAUUGGAACUAGAUCAGAAUGUCAUUGGUAACACUGGAGCAGUGAGCAUUGGGCAGGCUCUGCAGCGCAAUCGCGUCUUGCAGGGCGUAUCUCUCUGGAAGAACCGCAUCGGCGCUAGGGGUGCUGAAGGACUGGCCGAGGGAAUAUCAACUAACAGCACACUGCAGUGGCUUGGUUUGGGAUGCAAUAAGAUAUCUGACGAGGGCGCUACUCACUUGGCCAAAGCCCUGUCUCUCGGCUGCCGUACAUCCAAACUGUCAUGGUUGGCCGUCGGGGGAAAUAGCAUUACGGACACCGGUGCUGUUCGCCUGGCGCGAGCUCUGCAGGGCAAAACCGCUGAUAGGCUGGAUGUCAGUGAUGACGACGAUGAGGAUGAGGAAGGCUCAUCCAUCGACGAUGCUACUGCUGCUAGCCUACCUGCACUGCGAUCACUGGGUAUUGGUGGAAAUGAUAUCAGUGACGAGGCAGCCGAAGCGUUUGGCAGUAUGCUGUUGGAGAAUGAUGUGUUGACCUCCCUUGGACUCAGCGACUGUACUAUUGGUGAUGAUGGGGCAAGACACCUGGCCAUUGGUCUUCAGGGAAACGACACACUACAACGCCUUGUCCUAUCUGGCAACUGUAUCAGCGACGAGGGAGCUGGUUACCUGGCUAGCUCUCUCAGUCAGAACAGAUCACUGAAGAGUCUUUAUCUUGCUGAGAAUCCCAUCACGGAUGACGGUGGACAUCGCUUCAAGGAGGUGCUGUGCGGUCACUACAAUGACACUCUGGUCACGCUGGAUAUUCAUGAAACCGACAUGUCCGUGCAGGGUUUCACCGAGCUGUGCAACAUUCUACGCAAGAACUCCAACCUGCAGCAGCUGGGCACUCAUCUGUCUCUGAUCGACCUGGCCUCGUCAUCUGUAAACUUAGAUGCACAUAGCAAUGAGGUCACGGAUGGCGGCUCUGGCAUCUCACCGACCACCACCGACGAUCAAGGCCGAGUGCUGCAAACAGUUCGUGGCAACGCCCUGCAGGGCCAGAAGAAACUGAAGACGGGCAGCAGCUUUAGAAAUGCACAAGCUACCACACAGCGUGGUGUGUUUCGAGCACGUGGCUCGGCUACAGCAGCUGCAGUGCAGGCACUGCCCACAGUUGGGGACAUGACUUCUGCAGAAGUAGCCCUGGAGGGUUUCCGGACAUUUGAUGACGAGUCCACAACCUCUCUCAAUGAAACUGAUGGACAGGAUGCCAAACAUCAAGGUCUUGGUAGUCGCAUUCUAAACUUCACACGGCCAUCGCGGCGUAGCUACAUCUUCUCUGACAGAAACUCGCUGACAUCUCCGUCUGGAUCCGAGGGCAGAAAGAAGAGGUGGAGUCUGUUUGGCAAUCGUAAAGCCAGCUCUGCAACGCUCAGCGGGAGUCAAACAGAGCUUAUCAGCUUGUCAGAGGAUCAGAAGCAUGCUACGUUGACAACCGGUUCUGACCAGCUUGCUAAGCCCAUGCCCAAGCAGCCGUCCCAGGCAUCACUACCUCCACCGCCACUUCCUGCUGAUCUUGAUGCUGAGAUGCCAGAUGGCGGGGACCGUGAAUCCAGCUUUGGUGGUGAUCUACCUCCUCCUCCUCCAGUACUGGCAGCAGGGCAAGUACGAGUCAGAAAACCUAAACAAGGUCAGAAAAGACCAGCCAGUAUCGUGGAGCCCACCAUCCAGGAAGACGCUGUGCUGGAGGCGAAAUCGAAGACGGCGGCCAAAUCUCGCAACAGUGUUAUCGUUGAUCCCAACGCUGCGUUGUCUGGAGGCUGGCGUCGGGGUCGAGUUACACCAUCGUCCAGUCUCGCUAGCUCCAUGGACAAAGAAACCAACGGCGUCCUUGAAGAGAUGGACGAUGACAAUGAUGAUAUCCUGAAGGCCUGGGCGUCGCAAGCACCCAACGAGGGUGAGGGAGAUCGUCCACAGCCCAAAGCUGUUGAGGAGACAGCUUCAGUCCAGCCCAAACCCACCAUGGAGGUCAUCACCGGUGGUCCUGCAACGGAGACCAAAACCGAGUCACCGCGCAAGGAAUCCAGACGAAGAAAGAGUGAUGUUGACCAGGUCAAGGAGGAGGCAAGUAAAGGCCGGUUAUCUCCUCUACUGUCUCGCAUUCCAACGCCGCGACGCAGCAAACGAAACAAGAAAAGGAAAUUCGAGUCAGAGGAGGUUACCGUCGAACAAGUACUAAUGGAGAGCGCUAAGGCAUCUGGCUUGCGACCAGAAUCGCUCAGAGUGUCCGUGGUGAGUAAUGCCAGUGCAAUGGAGAAUCCCUACCAGAACAUAGAGUUUUCCAACUCACCACAGUUGCCUCAAUCCGAUCGCCACCUCGAGCCCAGUGAACCUACGUGCGACAGUGGCGUGCAGUCUCCAGAAUCAGACGAUGAACAGGGUGUUGGUGUAGCACAACACGGUGCUGCUCACAUGGACACCCUGGUGGCUGAGGACCAGCGCUUUCGAGUGGGAAGUGACGCCUCGCCACUCCUGCCAACAGCCAGCCUUUCCAAGCCCAGCAGUACUAGAGACAAGUCUAGUCCGGUGAAGAAAGCAUCCGUUAAGAAAACCAAAUCAAGUGGCCGGGUAAAAUCUGGCAACAAUGAAAACAUGGAGGCUCUUUCACAGAAAUUGAACGCCGUGCUUGCAGCAGGGAGUAAUCGUGACCGACGACAGUCUAUUGAACAUCCAGAUGUGUUUAUUGAAGAUGCCACAGAGAAUGAUCUGGAUCAAGAUGAAACUGACCUUGCUAUCCAGCAAAUCAGUAGAUCAGCGUCAAGCCUGUCCCAUGUCACCAAGACCCGGUCUCGCCCAUCCGGACGCCGUCCACCGAGCCGUGAAACGUCGCACAGCUCUGUACAGCAAGCAGUGCAGACUCCUCGCGGUGGAGGCUACCAAGCCAAUGACCCAUCCAGUCAUACAAGUAUUGGCAGCCUGGAGCCGAUUACGGAUGAGAGAGCAAGUCUCAUUCCGGUUAGCAAGGCUGAUGACUCGGAGCCACCCGUACCGUUGACAUUGCCGCUAACACAGAAUGAAUCACUUCUGGAACGCCUCACACUGCUCCAAACUGGCAAUCCUCUUCAAGAACAAUUUGUUGAUCUUCAGCCGAGGAUGGAACAGAUCACGUACCAGCAUGAUAUUGCAAGCUCAACACAGUUUGUAGAAAAGAUCCGUCCCAAUGCCCCACUGGCGCCCAACCGCAGUCUCGCCACGCUGUUGGGAAUUGAGAGAGUUUCCGACUUCACCUUCAUCAACGCAAGCUAUGUUGGCAACACGCUGGACUCACGCCUGUGCAUUGCUACACAGGCGCCGCUCAGUGAAAACAUCUCAGACUUCUGGAGGUUGAUCUGGGAGCACCGUGUUCGAAUCGUCGUGUCACUCACUGCAGAGUCAGAUGGCUACACGACAAGCUAUAGUUCAGAAGUGGAGCAAGACUUUGACCUGGUGGAAGCCAAGUCACCGCAGGCCACAGUUGGCAAGAUAUACCCGAGUUCGCUGAAGGUGAUCCACACCCCUAUCAAGAUUCAUAGCAUUGACAGUGUCACCACGCAGGAUUAUGUUCUGGAGAACAGCCGUACAAUGGAGAUACGAUCAGUGCAGGCAUAUCACUAUAAUGCAUGGACAGAAGAAGGUCUUGAUGGAUCAGCAUGUGAUAUAGCCUUGCUCAUUGAAGAGGUCCUGGCAAGACGAAAACAAGACGAGCCCGUGCUCAUCCAUUGCAAGAACGGUGAUGUGCGCACAGGAGCUGUCUCAGCCUGUAUCUCAGCUGCUCACGUCAUGCUCAGUGCUAGCAAACGAAGAUCACAGCUCAACCUUCACGAAGCGGAUGUCUCCCUGGAUAAGCUGUGGUUGCAGACUGCUGAGCAGCGGCCUGGCUUUGCGCAUGACCUGCCCACGUUCCGCAUCUACCAGCAGGUUGUUCUCGGCUGCGUGUUUGGCACGGACGCCAUCAGGAGCACAGGUCUGGCCAGCAGCAAGCAAACGUCAAAGGCGAAUAUCUUCGGCAGAGGCCGGAGCAAGAAGAAGAGGCAGUCAAAGAAGAAAUAGAGAAGCUACCGAGCCAUGGUGAUGUUGAUUCCUUGAAAUACUGUUGUCUUUAAGUAAUUAGCAGCAAUGGUAUGCUAUGUCAGUGCUGAGUGCUUGCCAGUGAAUGAGUCAAACAUGAAACGAAUAUUGGCUAGAACUCAACCAUUUCCAAGGAGUAUAGAGUCACUAUAAACGUACUGAAGAAGGCUGUAUACAUCAGCACAUGCACUAUGAGACACAGAUAAAACUACACGUACAUGUAUGUACAUUAGAAGUCAUCUAUAGAAGCUCUAGCUUUGAACACAUGAUUGACUUGAAUUGACCCCAUCCUACAAGUAGUUCGAUGUAGGAUUAUAAUCUUUAUAUCAAUGCACACAGUUGCCAUAAUUAUAUGAUCUAUCAUUAUAUUUGUCAAUGAUAACGUCAUAAGAAACUGCGUGAGCCGUUCCUUUUCUGCA